UCAUACUAGUUAUGUACGCUCUCAUUUUUGUUGUUGUUCAUAAACGACAAAAGAUGCUGAGAAAUGGGGAACUGGGUCAAACCUGCAAUGUUCAGAACCAACGAAGUGCCUUUCUACAAGAUCUGAAGACUAUCCGAAAGUUAUUGGUUGUCGUUGGAGUGUUUAUACUUUGUUGGGGUCCUCACUUUAUUUGUCUGAUGCUGGCGUUUUACUAUCCAAAUUUUGCUGAUAAGGACAACCGCUCAUUAAGUUACUGGUAUUUGUUCUAUGCAGGUGAAACACUAAUAAUCACACUCCCACUCUUUAACAGUCUAUGCAAUCCAAUAAUUUAUGCCUGUCUCGACAAAACGUACAGAGAGGCUUUCAAAAAUCUGUUUCAGCGAAUGAUGUGCCGACCAAGCUCAAGAAGACGACAACCACCUGAGGAAAUAGAGUUACCUCCACUGAGAAGAAGAUAA